UCUUCCUGGCUUAGUCAUCUCAACCGCCCCGGCAAUCACCUCCCAGAUCUGUUUUAGUAAAUCCGUUCGAGUACUAGAGCUCCGGCGAUGGCGCAGGAGGAGAUAGAAGUCUCCACGGAGCCUAAGGAAUGCUUGGUUGAUCCCCCCGUUAGUGAAGCCACGGCGGAAGGUGGUGCGGAGGCCACUGAAGCUCCUCCGGCCGGAGAAACCGAUCCUCCCAAGGAAAAAAAGGAACCCAAGUCCAGGAAGAAGGCUUCCGCCCCCCGGAAGCCCGCCGCUCACCCGCCUUAUGCUGAGAUGAUUGUCGAGGCGAUCGUGACGUUGAAGGACCGUGCUGGAUCGAGCCAGUACGCGAUCGGCAAGUACAUCGAGGAUAAGCAAAAAGAUCACCUCCCCGGGAACUUUAGGAAGAUCCUCCUCGGCCACCUGAAGAGGCUCGCGGCCUCCGGAAAGCUGAAGAAGGUAAAGAACUCGUACAAACUCUCCGGUGCUCAGGCCGCUGCUUCCUCCUCUGCUGCCCCGGCCAAGACGAAGGCAAAGCCAAUGUCCAAACCAAAACCUAAGCCUAAGAUCGUCGCCAAGGCAGCCAAGGCGAAGACUGCUGCGUCCAAACCCAAGGCUAAGAUUGCUACACCUAAACCCAAGGCGAAACCUGCUGCGGCAAAACCAAAGUCUAAGUCUGUUACGGCCAAACCUAAAACGAAGCCCGCUACGGCCACCAAGCCCAAAGCCAAAUCGGCGCCCGCUGCUAAACCAAAACCUAAUUCGAAAUCCAAGGCGAAGGCCAAACCAGCGACUCCUGUUAAGUCUAAGGCCAAGCCAGCGACUCCUGUUAAGUCUAAGGCCAAGCUUGCUCCGGCAGAGGCGAAGCCUAAGGCUAAGCCAGAAGUACCGCUAGCGUCCAAAUCAAAGGCAACGCCGAAGCCAAAGCCUGCGGCCACGAAGCCCAAGCCCGCCGUGACACGAUCGAAAGCAAAGUCCCCCGCGCCGCCUGCUAAGGCGGCAAAGACCUCAACGAAGGACACACCUUCGAAGAAGGCACCGCCGCCAAAGAAAGCUCCGUCUGCUACCAAGAGGAAGGCGGCCACACCGGAAGUGAAGAAAGCACCGGCGAAGAGGGCGAGGAAGUAAGCUCUAAAAAUUCAGCGGUCCUUCUGAACGUUAAUCGCUUUUUGAAUGUUAAUUUCUAUGUUGAAGUGUUUUUUUUUUUUGUAAAUUUUAUUAUGUUUUCUUUUGCACGGUAAGGAUUACGAGCGUUGGAGGUAGUAUCACACUUCUGGUAGAAAGUGAAUUUUCGUCGUAAAUUUUCGUUUGCCUCUC